AUGCGCUGGUUCAACCCCCAGUCCGCCCUUGCGGCAGUGUUCGUUAUGAUAUCGUCGCUUCCAACCGGCGGGGCCAUCACAUACUCCCCCAUCAAACCUCCGUCGUACCCGUUGGCGGUGCGGAGCCCCUACCUCUCUGCGUGGAUCCCCGGAAACUCGGUCGCAUCACUUUCCUCCAGCAGAGCGCAGUUUUGGGCGGGCAAUGAUCUGAUCUGGUCGGUUACGGCGCGUGUGGAUGGUGUCGCGUAUAAUUUGUUUGGGGUUCAGGUACCCCUGAGCGGAACCAAAUCCGGCACUGUCACUCAGGCAACUUACACCUCAACUCAUUCGACUUUUAUGGUGGAAGCUGGAUUACGGACAUUUACACUGGACUUCUUCUCGCCGAUUUCGCCUAAGAAUUAUCUCCGUCAAUCGUUACCUUUCUCGUAUUUGACUGUGACUCUCGCGGCAGGCGACUCCAGCUCGGUUCAGAUUUAUUCUGAUCUCGACCACAGCUGGGUCGGGCAAUCCAGUGAUGUCAGCUGGAGCUAUUCGAAAAAGAGUACGACUGGUGUGUUCCAAAUCGAGGGCGCAGAUGCAUCGACAUACUCGGAGAACAGCAAUGGCCAAGCGCUGUGGGGAAGCGCCGUCUACGCCACUCGCCCUGUGAGCGGGGGCUCUCUCUCCACUGCCUCGGGGCCGUCCGCCUCGGUGCGCCAAAGCUUCAUCUCGAAUGGAACUUUGUCAGGCACACACGCUGAGUGGACUGCUAACGGCGUAGUUGGCUUCGCGCACGAUCUUGGAACAACGGCCAAGGAAGUGGCCGUCACCUUUGCGGUCGGUCAUGUGCGUGAAGAGUCGAUCAAUUUCCUUGGUGAAGCCCAGACAGGAUACUACCGAGCAACUCACGCCGAUACCGUGGAUGCAGUCUCUUAUUUCCUCGACGAUUACUCUGAUGCGAACGAGGAAUCAGUGACGUUUGACGAGUUGGUACAGUCAACAGGUGUUUCGAGCUAUGGAUCGAACUACUCGGAUAUCCUCGCUCUCUCCACUCGCCAAGUCUACGGUGGCAUCGAAAUCACGAUCCCCAACGAAUCUCUCGAUACCGACGCAACACGGGCAUUCAUCAAAGAGAUCUCGAGCGACGGCAACAUCAACACUGUAGACGUGAUCUUCGCAACCUUCCCAAUAUUCUACAUCCUCAGCCCAGACUACCUGAAGCUCCUCCUAGACCCGAUUCUUCAAUAUACCGGGAGCAACGCCUACACGAAAGACUACGCAGUCCACGAAAUCGGCGCCAGCUAUCCAAACGCAACAGGUCACCCAGAAGACGGCGAAGAAAUGCCCAUCGAAGAAAGCGGCAACAUAAUAAUCAUGACUUACGCCUACCAGCUAGCAACAGGAAAAACAGACCUAGCAACAACGUAUGCCAGCCAGCUCACCCAGUACGCCGAAUACAUCUACGCAAAUGGCCUCUAUCCCACCGCCCAACUGUCUCUCAACGACGCCCUAGGCGAACUAGCCAACCAAACAAACCUCGCCGUAAAAGCAGCCAUAGGCCUUGCAACAUACGGCGCCCUAACAAACCAAGCAAACUACACAACAGCAGGCAAAUCCUUUGCAGAAAAGAUCUGGACAGACCACCUCGGCACAGAUGCUGCAGGGACACGCUUCCUUAUCCAGUACGGUAUCACACCCUGGUUCCUCGUCUACAAUCACUACCCAGACCUCCUCUUCAAUCUGGAUGUUUUCCCAGAAGAAACAUACAACGCCACAGCAGAUUUCUAUCCAACAGUCCGACAGGAAGCAGGCGUGGCGCUUGACGGCGCGAUUGGAUGGGGCCAGACGAAUUGGCAGUCUUUCGUUGCUGCUACUGUUACUGGAUCAGCCAGGGAGUUGUUUAUUAAGGAUUUGCAUGUUUAUGUUUCUAAUGGGUUGAAUUCCGCGCCGUUUUCCGAUCGCUAUUGGGUCCAGGAUAGUGGGCAGUAUGUUGCGGGUAAUUCUUAUUCUUUCCGUGCUAGGCCGACGCUUGGGAGUCAUUUUGCUUUGGCUGCGUUGGCUGGGGCUAAUACUUGGGGGUCAUGA